CAGGAUCGAACACAUGCUAGACAAACUGGCAAAGCUUGUAGAAGGAACCAGCCAGAAGAGCUCCAGAAAUGAGCUUCAUCCAAAUGUGAGCCAAAAAACACUGAAAUCCAAAGUGGUGCCAAAGUUAUACCCAGACUCCUACCUGUUUGAACGGUGGGGCGAUGGUCUAACAGAAAAGGAACAGAAGGAAGCCGAAAAUCUUUUCCAGAUUUACGGAUACAAUGCUUUCCUGAGUAACCAGCUUCCACUUGACAGGAAGCUGGAAGACAUGAGAGACCACAGAUGUCUGGAGAGGAAUUACUCCAAAGACCUGCCUAACAUCAGUGUGGUGCUGAUCUACAUAAACGAAGCUCUUUCUGUCAUUAAGAGGGCAAUACGAAGCAUCAUCAUCCACACCCCAAAGCACCUGCUGAAGGAAAUCAUUCUGGUGGAUGAUUACAGCUCUCACUAUGAUCUCAGAGAACCUUUACAACACUACAUUGAUCAGAUUCACAAAGAAACACCUGGGCUCGUUAAAAAAGUGCGGCAUAAGCAACAAAUGGGUUUGUCCCAGUCCCGGAUCACAGGUUGGGAGCAUGCCACAGCUGAUGUCGUAGCCAUUUUAGAUGCUCACAUCGAAGCCACACGGGGAUGGGUGGAGCCUUUGCUAGCCAGGAUCAAAGCUGACAGGACUGUAGUGGUCUCACCUGUGUUUGACAAAGUCAGUUUUGAUGAUCUACAGGUGAACAGAUAUGGAGCAUUUUCUCAUGGGUUUGACUGGCAACUGUGGUGCAUGUAUGAGCCGUUUAAUUCUGACUGGAUGAAGAUGAUGGACGAAUCACAGCCUGGAAAGAGUCCUUCUCUCAUGGGAAUCUUUGCAGCAGACAGAAACUUUCUUAGAGAAAUCGGUGGGCUCGAUGGUGGAAUGACCGUUUAUGGAGGAGAAAACGUUGAACUCGGGAUUCAUGUGUGGCUGUGUGGAGGAAGUGUAGAGGUUGUGCCUUGCUCCAGAAUAGCUCAUAUCGAGAGGGCACAUAAACCAUAUGCACCCAAUCUCAUCCCUUUCAUGAAGAGAAAUGCCUUGAGGGCUGCAGAUAUUUGGUUGGACGAAUACAAGAGGAAUGUGUACAUUGCCUGGAAUAUUCCUCUCACGGACAGUGGAAUUGAUAUUGGUGACGUGUCUGAGAGGAAAAAACUCAAAGAAAAGCUUCAAUGUAAACCUUUCAAGUGGUACCUGGACAACGUCUACACAAAUCUGGAAACAUGGGAUAACAUCUUGGGCUACGGUGUGCUGCAGAACACUCUUUUCAAGAGGUACUGUGUGGACCAGGGAGCCCUUCCAGGAAACAUUCCCAUCAUGUAUGAAUGCCACUUCCACCAACCGCAGAUCUGCUACUACACCGCCAACAAUGAAAUCAUUAUUGGGGGGCUCAGAUCUCACAAAUAUAACAUGAACCGCUGCCUGGUGGAUCCAGGCUCUGGAAGCGUUCCCACUCUGCAGGAGUGUAAAAUGGCAAAGCAAAACCAGCUUCACAUUUACUGGAACUUCACACAAGGCCACGCGAUCAGAAACAAAGCAACAAACCGAUGUCUUGAGGUGGCCAUGGGAGAAAGAUAUGACUAUCAGCUCAUCAUUCAGCAGUGUAGCGGACAAAGCUGGAGGAUUCAGCAGCUCAUCACGAGCGUCUAGUCUGCAUGUGUGUGUGCAUUAUGAAAGUGGGUGCUUUGGCUCACAGUAAAAAAAAAUACUAUCUGGGCCAAUUCAUAUAUAAAAAAAUAUAAAUAAAAAAUAAAUAUGCUGGACUCAUCGAAUCCAAAACAAGGGUGUCCAGGCUGCACAAAGAACCAGCCAUGAUGAGCAGAUGGAUCCAUCAAGUCAAGUGAAAAUGGAUAAAUGCGCGCUCACGGCUUCCCUCGUGGUCUGUCCCUGAAUCAUUGAUCUACCAUGGGACGGAGCAGCGUACUGUCCUCCUAGAAGAGUGUGAGGAUGUCAAGUAGUUAAAAAAGAGAGCGAGAGAGAGAAAGUGUGGCAGAAAACCUGAAUGCCUAAGUAGGGCACAGAUACACACUUACUACACUGAAACCACCAGAACUGGGACAUUCCAGAAUUGGAGGACAUUUUAAGUCCCACCCAUAGGCGUUUCUACUGUUUUUUUUUUUAACAAACUAGAAAUGUAUAAAAAACAUACUG